AUGUCCUUACGCACAGUAUUUGACUUGCUGCUACCCCUGGGUCUGCUGGUCGGCCAGACCUACGCGGCGCAAGAACCUCUGACUGGCGAGGACCGCGAAGCAUGUCCCAACUAUGCGCAGUAUUCCACAUACCCCCAUAAACCCCUGAGCGAAGGCCCCCUUGGCCUGCCCUACCAACGACCCGAUCCACGAUGCCGUACUUUCCACUCCGAUGCCAUUGAGCAGGUCAUCAAGGACGUCACAUCCAGAAUGAAGGACCCCGACCUGGCCAGACUAUUCGAGAACGCGUUCCCUUCCACAACAGACACCACUGUCAAGUUCCAUACCGAUGGGACUGAUACCAGAUUCGUCGACCUCAAGGGCCGCAGCCUGCGCGACGAGGGCAAAUGGGAGGGGCCGCAGUCCUUCAUCAUUACGGGCGACAUCAUUGCCGAGUGGCUGCGCGACAGCACGAACCAGCUCUCACCCUACCAGGCGCUGGCCAAGAAAGAUCCCGCCAUCUUCAAGCUGAUCCUGGGCGCCAUCAACACCCAGGCCGAGUACGUCAUCGAGUCGCCGUACUGCAACGCCUUCCAGCCCCCUCCGAUCGCGAACCUGCAGCCGAGCCACAACGGACAGGACGACACGGUGCACCCCAUCUACGAGCCCUCGUUUGUGUUCGAGUGCAAGUACGAGCUGGAUUCGCUGGCGCAUUUCCUCGCGCUGGGCAACGACUUUUACGAGCACACCGAGUCCAAGGAUUUCAUGACGGGCAGGUGGUUCAUGGCUCUCGAGACGGUGCUCAACGUACUCGAGGAGCAGUCCCGCUCCACGUUCGACCCGGAGACGGGCCGCUUUCAGAAGAACGAGUACACCUUCCAGCGCAAGACGGACGCGGGCACCGAGACGCUGAACCUCAAGGGCGUCGGUAACCCGCUGAACAACGGAACGGGUCUCGUGAGGUCUGCUUUCCGGCCCAGCGAUGACGCUACGAUCCUCGGCUUUUUUAUUCCGGCGAACGCCAUGAUGGCCGUGGAGCUGAAGCGCACGUCCAUAUUCCUCAAGGCGGCCGGCAAGGACGUCCUCGCGCAGACGGUGGACAAGUGGAGCCAGACAAUUGCUGACGGCGUGUGGAAUAAUGGUGUGGUCAAGCACGCCAAGUACGGAGACGUCUUUGCGUACGAGGUUGACGGGUACGGUUCGUCCAUUCUCAUGGAUGAUGCGAAUUACCCGUCGCUGCUGGCGCUUCCUCUCAUGGGAUUCUUGCCUGCGGAUGAUCAGACGUACAAGAACACCAGGAAGAUGCUUUUGGAGAAGACUGGCAACCCUUACUACCUCGAGGGUGCUGCCUUCCACGGAAUCGGAGGACCCCACAUUGGGCUUUCCAACGCCUGGCCAAUGAGUCUUUUGAUCCAGGCGCAGACAUCCGAGAAUGACCAGGAAAUCACCGAGUGUCUUGACUUUGUCCUGAACUCUGCUAAGCUCGGUUUGGUUCACGAAAGUGUUGAUGUCGGACGUAUUUCUGCUUAUACCCGGGCCAACGGCGUCUUUGCCGAGACGAUUCUCGACCUGGCUAAGAGGAAGCCUCACUUGAUCUUUACUGACGCGAAGCCGUAUACCAUCUAA